AUGACUUCGAUGCCUUCUGUCCCGGAUUGGACCAUUGGAACAGUCUUGCCAUCCAUGAAGGAGGCCCGUGAAGUGUUUCGUCCCCUGCUCCGCCGCAACGGCUGCCCUUACCGCGUUGCAAAGGCCAACGACAAGCAGUACUAUCUUGUCUGUCGAACCGAUCCAAGCUGCCCCUUCAACGUGCGCAUCUCCAAAAGCCGUGCAGGGCAACACCAAGGCAAAGUCGUUGUUCGGAACUACCAGCCUCAGCACCACUGUCGGCCUCCCAUGGCUGCGGAGCGUUCGCCCGGAAUUCCAAUCCAUGGUCGGCAGCCAUCCGAUACGGCUGUCUCUGUAAAUGAUAUGGCUCCAGAGGCUUGGGCGCCCCACUCACCACAGAGAAGUUUGCCCAGUACGCGGAGGACGACGGCGUGCAAUGAGUGUAAACAACACAAGCUGAGGUGCGAUCUAAAGGAAAGAGAGAAUGAGGAUACAACGGCCUGUUCUCGCUGUCAGAGGCUCGGGCUGCAGUGCAAGCUGGAAUUUGGUUUCCAGCGAAGCUCAAAACGAAGAGCGACUUCUAGCCUAGAGCAGGAAGUGCGGGAGCUCAGGCGACGUGUUGCGCAGUAUGAAUCAAAUGCUCCAGCAGGACUUCUGUCCACUGGGCCCAGCCCUCGCGGUCCGGAGACGUUUGCACGGACGGCCGUGUCCCAUAGUAGCAUUGAAGGGGUUCGGGUUCCCGGUGUGACUACUCGGCCCGUCAUCGAUCACGAUCACGAUCAGACUUGUUCGACGCCGUUAGUGGUGGCUCCACAGCCUAGGAAAUUGGCAGGCAUCGAACUGUCCGUAGCGGACAUCGAGGAGCUCUUUCAGCUGUGGGUAUUCUCCUACGAGGCUUACGUUGCUGACAGUUCGCGCAGAUAUUUCAGCUGCUAUCACCCAUUCCUCCCGUUUCUGAAGCAAGAGAGGUCUCCGCAUGCUUACUAUGAGGCCUCGGAACUAUUGUUCUGGUCGGUCAUCGCAGCCGCAGCGCAUCGCUCACAGAGCCUGCCCUGCCUUCUUCCUAGGCUGGCAGAAGACAUGAUGGAGCUAUUGUGGACCACCAUCCGGUCAAUCCCGUACUCCCUGCAUGUAAUUCAGAGUCUGGUUAUCAUUUGCGCCUGGCCGUUUCCCACUAGUAGCAGCACGGCGGAUCCCACAUACACCCUUGCUGGGACGAUGCUCCAUCUUGCGUUCCAGAUGGGACUGCAUUGCGCCUCCAGUGCUGAGGACUUCACCAAGGGGCGUCUGAAUCUGAGCGCUGAUCAGCGUCGAGAGUGGGUAGCGACAUGGCAGGCGUGCAAUAUCGUCGCACAUAGUGUCAGUGUUGGAUGCGGGCUUCCGGCGACGGUCCAAGUACAUGACCAGACUUUACCGAAAGCUGUUCCCUGGGACUCUGCGCUGUGGUCCCAUCUCCGGAUUGAGCAGUAUCGCCAACGAGUGUCCUUGGCCCUUGCACCAAACGCUAUGGUAUCGCGUGCACACUCACUAGACCACGGCCGGUUGGCGGCUUAUCGCCUGCUCAACUUGGCCUACCUGGAUCUCGAACAAGAAAUCAUUGCCGUCGCCCCAUCAUGUACUGCUAGGACUCAGAUAUACCUGUCGGCAGCACGCCUUCACCUUCAUUCCUUCUAUCUAUUGGACGAUCCGAGUGUCGAAAGGUACACAGACCGCAUCGGGACUUUGUACCAAUCAGCCUAUGAUUUCCUUGCACAGAGCCUUGCGAUAGACCAGGAAGGCGAAGCAGCCUCUUUUCACUACUGGCCCUUCUUCUGCUACCAGAUGUUUGUCAGUGCUUCUUGCAUUAUACUCCGAGUUCUGAAAAACGGGCACUUCGACGCCGUAGUGGAUGUCGACUCUGGAAGGGCUUUGCUCAACUCAGCCAUUCUAGCACUACGGAAAAUGUCCGUUGCCAACAAUGACCUGCCCGCGAGACUGAGCGACGUGAUUGCGUUUCUUUACUCGCAACGGGGCAUCCGUGGCGUUCCUGGAGACCCUCCCCACAGUCUCCGUCCUCGCGUACUCAAUCGCCUAAGCACGAGCAUUGUCUACGACUCACUAUGGGAGUGGCGAGAACAUUUUCGAGUUAGCCAGGGCACCGACGCAAACACGGCUGCAGAGCUGGCAGUUCCUGUCGGCGGGGAUCAAGUGAAUCUAGACUUUGAACCGCUCGGACUCGCUGACGCUUUCGCCUUUGAGUGGCCUGAUAUCGAUCUCGACAUGCCUCUGUAG